AUGAUAGAACCCUCUGAAGACUCAUUUGAGACGAUGAUGGAGCGUAAGAAUCCAUCAUCAAAACAAAUGGAGUCCUCUGAGGGCUCAUCCAACACCACCAUGGAGAUAGAAGGCGGAGUACAGGAGGCGGCGGGGCUGGCUCAAGGCCCAGCCCAGGAAAUGGGAGAGCUGCCCAUUGACCUCCUCCAAGACAUGGAGGAGCCAUCCAGUGGCCGACAUAGUGAAAUAAAGGAUCCACCCAAUGACCUACUCCAAGACCUGGAGGAGUCAUGCAAGGCUUCCGGUCAGGAAGUGGGGGAUCCCAUCGGUGAGGCGCCUGGUGAGAUGGAAGAAGCAUCAGUCAAUGAGGGAGAGCUGGACGAAGAAGACGACGACACUGACCUAAGUGAAGACGAGGAGGAGGAGGAGGAGGAGCCCGGCGAGUUGGAGUUAAGGGGCAGGGUCAGCUCCUUCACCUCUAUGUACUUCUGGAUGCAAGACCUCAAAGAGCAGCAAAAAAUAGCUAUAGAGAUCCUCAUGAAAGCGAUCAGAAUAGGCCGUGUGCCAGAACCACAAAUCUUCUCGGGCGAUCGAAGAGAUUACCCCGAGUUCUUCGUGCACUGCCACAUGAUCAUACAAGGCUACCCGAGAAAGUUCCGCAACGACCGCCGGCGAGUGAGGUUCGUCAUCAGUCACCUCUCAGACACGGCCCUCGAAUGGGCCCAAAAUCUGAAGCGGCAAAGAAGCCCCCUGCUGACCAACUACCCAGCCUUCAUGGAGGCCAUGACCAACAUGUUCCAUUACAAGGAGGAACUGCGUGUGGCAGAAGACACCAUGCUCAACAUCGCGCAAGGGGACCGCGCCGCCAUUGACUACAUCGAAGAGUUCCGGGAGCUGGUACCCACCUUGGGUUGGCCAGACGAAGUCCUGCAGGCCCACCUGUGCCUGGGGCUCAACGAGGAGAUCAGGCAGUAUCUGUUCCAGCUCCCUCAGCCAGAUUCGCUGGACAGUCUGAUGGCCCUCGUCCUGCAGAUAGAAGAGAACCUGGCAGAGAGAAAGGCCGUGCUCAGGAUGCGUCCAGAGACCCAAUCUCGGAACCUGGCCAAGAUGGACUCACCUGCUCCAGAGAAGUGGCCGGUCAGCAGCUGGCUGACCUACGAAAUCCAGCCCGAUAUCGAUCGCAGGCACGUCUUCCUGCUGCUCAUGGUGAGAGUGAACCCUUACCACAGUGUCGCGGUGCAGGCGCUGGUAGACUCGGGGGCAAGCUCCAACUUCAUGGAUGAGAGAUUUGCCCAAGAGCACUACGUUGAGUUGUUCGAGAAGCCCUACCCACAGUCCAUCCACACCAUGGAUGGCUCCCUGAUUGGCAACGAGCCUGUCUGGCUGCACACCGAGCCUCUGGUGUGCUUUCAUCAGAACCACCAUGAGCUUAUUGAAUUCGACAUCGUUCCUUCACCCAACUUCUCCGUGGUCCUGGGCAUCAACUGGCUCCGAGUCCACUCCCCCGAUAUCGACUGGGCCAGAGGCCGCUGCACCUUCCACUCUCCCUACUGCCUGAAGAACUGCUUCAGCCCACUCCCACCAUCGACCACACUCGAGAGACAUGCCAUCAGCCUGCUGCCCGGACUGUUGCCCCAGUAUUCCGACCUUGCCGACGUGUUCAACCCGAAGAAAGCAGAUGAUGAGACUUCCGACCAGCCAAGCUCAGACGGAUCCGAUGAUCUUUCUGAAUCAGAGCCCUCUGAGCUUCAGCAGGCUGGAGACAGUGAUCACAGCAGCACCACCGACACGCGUCCCUCUGUGGCUCCUCCGGAACCUGUGGGUGCUGGGAUGCAAGAAACAGCCAGGCUGGGGAAUGAAGAGGAGGAAUCGCAGGAGGAGAAACAGAUAAUUCCAGAACUGUUCCAACAGUUACAUGGAGCUACGUGGUUCACAAGGCUGGAGCUGCGUGGGAUCAUUGUGGAGGAAGGCAAGAAAAAGGCAGCAGAGGAGCUAUGGAAAGUAGCGUUUGGUUUGGAGCUUCAAAAGAAGACAAGCUAUCAGCCCUUUGAGAUCUGCUCAGACCCUCUCAUCCCUCAGAGCGUAAUGCACUGCAUCCUGAAAGACCUGCUGGGCAAAUGUGUGCUCUCCUACGGGAAUGAGGUCGUGAUCUACUCAAUGAGCCAGGAGGCCCACCUCCGGCACAUCCGCCAAGUCCUGGUCCGCUUCCGACACCACCACGUCUACUGCUCCCUGGACAGGAGCCAGUUCCACCAACACACUGUCGAAUUCAUGGGCUUUGUCCUGACCCCCAAAGGGGUGAGGCUGAACAAGAGCGUCGUGAAGACCAUCAGGGAUUACCCGAUCCCUCUCUCUAAGGAGACCCUGCAAAACCUGAUGGAACUGAUGUCCCCCUACUGCCACUUCGUGGAGCGCUUCGCUGCCAUCACGGAGCCCCUGCGGCGGCAGCUGCUGACCACCAACCCCUUCCACUGGGGUGACGAGGAGCAGGAGGCCUUCGAGAGCGCGAAGCGGGCUUUCCGCAAGGCACCCCUCCUCCACCACCCGAAGCGCCACAAGCAGUUCUACUUGGACACAGGAGUCAACAUGACCGCUCUGUACGCCUCCCUCAUGCAAGUUGAUGAGCAAACCGGCAAAAGAGUGUUCUGCGCUUUCUUCUCCCGCGACCUCUCUCCUGAGGAGGCCAACUCCUCUCCGCUGAGGAUGAAGACUAUUGCGAUUAAGGCUGCCUUGGAUGUGUGGUCUUGCUACCUGGAGAGCACCGAGGAGCCCAUCAUGAUCCUUCUCAAUACAGAGGAUCUAGCCUCCCUGAAUAAUGACAGGCUCACCGUAAUUCUCCCGGGGCAGUGGGCCAAGUUCUUCGGCCGCUUCCAUUGCGAUGUCAUGGAGAAGCCCGAACAAGAUGGCAGCAGUUCUCUGCCGCUGCAGAACCCCAACCGUGGGCCUCUCCGGGCCCACAUUGCCACCCGGGCCCACACUGCCACCCGGGCCCACACUGCCACCCAGACCCGCACUGCCACCCGGGCCCGCACUGCCACCCGGGCCCGCACUGCCACCCGGGCCCGCACUGCCUCCCGGGCCCACACUGCCACCCGGGCCCGCACUGACACCCAGACCCACACUGAGACCCAGACCCACACUGCCACCCGGGCCCGCACUGCCACCCGGCCCCGCACUGCCACCCGGGCCCGCACUGACACCCAGACCCACACUGACACCCAGACCCACACUGCCACCCGGGCCCGCACUGCCACCCGGGCCCGCACUGCAACCCGGGCCCGCACUGCCACCCGGGCUCACACUGACACCUGGGCCCUCACUGACACCCGGGCCCACACUGACACCCGGGCCCGCGCUGACACCCGGGCCCGCGCUGACACCCAGACCCGCACUGCCACCCGGGCCCACACUGACACCCAGGCUCACACUGACACCUGGGCCCUCACUGACACCCGGGCCCGCACUGACACGUGGGCCCUCACUGACACCCGGGCCCUCACUGACACCCGGGCCCUCACUGACACCCGGGCCCUCACUGACACCUGGGCCCGCACUGACACGUGGGCCCGCACUGACACCCGGGGCCGCAUUGACUCAUGGCCCCUCACUGACACCCGGGCCCACACUGACACGUGGCCCCUCACUGACACCCAGGCCCUCACUGACACCCGGGCCCGCACUGACACAUGGCCCCUCACUGACACCCGGGCCCUCACUGACACCCGGACCCGCAUUGACACGUGGCCCCUCACUGACACCCGGGCCCGCAUUGACACGUGGCCCCUUACUGCCACCCGGGCCCUCACUGACACGUGGGCCCUCACUGACUCCCGGGCCCGCACUGUCACCCGGGCCCUCACUGACACCCAGGCCCACACUGACACGUGGGCCCGCACUGACACCUGGCCUCUGAGUCCUGUCACCACAGAAGGGUCCCUCAGGGAUCAACUCCCAGAACUGGGGGGACAAAAGGAGAAUGAACAUGUACCUCCCCAGGAAGAGCCAAGUAGGCAGAGCCAACAGCAAGAGGCCCUGACUCCGUUACAAAUGGACCAAAUACUCAGCAACCUCCUUGUCCAUCUCAACAUGGACCAGAUGAGGAGCCUCUUUCUGCACUUCUUCCGAGACCUGCAUAUCCGUAAGGAAGCCCUGGCCCCCAUGGCCGUGCUGGCAAUACUGAAGAUGAAGCAGCACUUCCCGCUGCUGCCCGCACCCACUCUGGAAGUGGCACUACUGCCAGCCACGCGCUCCCUGCGCCUCGUUCUGGACUCGUCCCUCCUCACAAACCAUGGCAUCGCCACGGCCAUCACCCAGCUGCUGACCCAGAUGCCCCCUCUCGUGGGCACUGUCACCAUCCGGGCUGAGGAACAGGCCGAACAGAGGGCCCUGCUGCCCCGGGGCUCCCGGGUCCUGCCCCUCCCAUCUGAGUUCUGGACAAUGCUGUGCGAGCGCUUCUGUGUCAGAGUCGCUCCCAGAGAAAGAUCCCAGCCCCUCCUGCACGGGAGGAGCCACUACCUGGAGCUGCACGUCAUCGGUAGUGAUGUCGUCUUGCGAGAAGCCCUGCAAGACGACCUGCAACGUUACCGUCAGUGUGGCCUGCAUGACGGCCUGCAAGACACCUCGCAGGACGCGCAGGCGGAUGACGACGUGCAGGAGGACGGCGCACAAGGGGUCCAGGUGAAGGAAGCUAACGAGGGAGGGGACGAAGAGAAAGAGGACGAGAUGCAGGAGGCGGCGGCGGCCGACCCUUCCCCUACCCCUCCAGCCCCACCACGGGCCUCUGGUGGAAUCCUCGACUUCCUGUAUAGACAGUUGUAUGGGGACCGAGAUCAACCCAAUCUGCCUCAUCAGGACCCUGCGGCCAGGAGCCUGGCCCACUUCCUGGCCAUGAUCUGCGCAGAGGAUCCAGUCCCCCUCCGAGGCAGACAGGCCAGGGGCGGAGCAAGGCUAGAGGAGCUCCCUGAGGAUGAUGAGGACUCGGACCAUAACUGA